AUUGCAUUUUCUAUGUAAUAAAAAUGGAUACCGUCUAGAAAAAUAUGUAUCGUGUUAAUUAAAGCGGGCGACACAUAAUUAGUUGUGUUUUUUCGUGUCGAAGUGAGCGAGCGUUUUUCGCGACGAGACGGAUCGAACGAAGGGAAGAUGGCAUCGAUAAAUCUUUAGCGCGAGGGGAGAAUUCUGUGUUCAACACAACACCGAUUCGGCCUAUGCUCCAAAAUUUAAAUAUGGCGACAACCAUGGAAAUCGACGACGACGAGUGUGAUUUGCCAACCUCUAGCAGCGGAAAAGGCGAGAAGAAGCGUUUCGAAGUAAAGAAAUGGAAUGCAGUAGCAUUAUGGGCUUGGGAUAUUGUUGUGGACAACUGUGCUAUAUGUCGUAAUCACAUUAUGGAUCUUUGCAUUGAAUGCCAAGCAAACCAGGCAUCUGCCACAAGCGAGGAGUGCACAGUGGCCUGGGGUGUAUGCAAUCACGCUUUUCAUUUCCAUUGCAUCUCACGUUGGUUGAAAACACGGCAAGUUUGUCCACUUGACAAUCGCGAAUGGGAAUUUCAAAAGUAAGUAAAUUUUGUAUAUGUAAUAAAAUU